ACUGCUCUUCAAGGGAAAGUAAUUCUCUGACGCACUUCCUUUUAGUCGGAAACUCAGAAAAUGGUGAGACACAAAUAAAUAAUAUGAUGUACAUAAUCUGUUGAAAUCGUCCCAAUUAUGUUAUAAUUUAAGUCAAAAGUUUUGUCUAUUGUUAAAUAAAAUGUUAAUCUUUAAUUUUAACCACAGGGUAUUGAUAUCUGUCACAAAUAUGACAGGAAGGUCCGUAGGACCGAACCCAAGAGCCAGGAUAUUUACCUACGUUUAUUGGUAAAGGUAAGUACGAAAAAAAAAAAAGUAACUUAAUGGGUAUACCCUAUCUACAAUGUAGUAAUUUACCUCUUUAGUAAUCAUUUUAAAAUACUAAUUUGACCGGUGAUAACACUCUUCAGGUGUCUUUUUUUUCGAGCAUAAGGCAGUUCAAACUUAGACUUUACGUAGAGGUUGGUCAGUAGUUUAGUAGAAUUAGUUCUUAAAAUUUAAGUCUAAGUUACAAUCAUGGUGCUUUGCUUCACUUCACAAAUUUUUAAUAUGGCAGUUUUGAAAACGUUGAAAUAUAAAUUCCCAGUAUUUUUUAUAUAUUUUUUGUACAGUUGGCUUCCUGGAAUUUUUUAUCCCUUGUAGCUGUAAUAUUAGGUGAAAAAUAAAAAAUCAAAGACAAUGUUGAUAAUGCCCAAAUUAUUAUGCAAUCCUAGAGUGGCUAGACGUUGGCUGGGCUUCAUACUAGCUAAUGAGAUUACUUCUGGCAUUUCUUGCUAUAUGUGCCUUUCAAAUUCAACAGCUGUGAGCAUAAAUGCUCGUUAUUAGAAAAUUGUGUUCUGCCGAUAACGCUUGGCAUUAUGCGCAGAAUUUCUGUCAAAGAGACCAGAACUCUGCAAUAAAAUGGACGUCUGUAUAAAAUGCUCUGGGCGUGUGGUGGGUGACUGGUUGAAAGUUUAUGUGCAUUGUGCAUAGCUUCAGCCUUAAAACUCAAUCUUUUGGCUAGUUGAAUGCGCUGCUGCCCCUCCCGAUCUCUCACAUGGCCACCUUUCUGCACCAUAACACUGUAGCACGGCAUGGCAGCUAUUUCAAACAGAAAAUUUCUGGACCAGGUGAAACAACAGGGCUUAAAAGAAGUUAAAUGAUACCCUAUCAAAAUUUGACAUCGUUUUAAGACCUCUCUAAAUUGGGUAAAUGUAAGUCUACAUGAAGAAUCGAAACAUGCAACUGACUCCCCACUCCCUUACAAGGCAAAGGGAAACUUCCAGUCUCACUUAGGCUACAUAUUUUUAUUACUAGUAUAAUAUUUGAUAAGAAAUACUAGAAAAUUAGAGUUAUGUCUAGGAGGAUCGACUGGAUAUAUUAGUAACCUUAUAAUAUAUAACAAAUUCACGUACUAUAAUAUAUUAGGCCUAUAAUAUGGUGUGACUUAAUGAUUGAUAGUAAGCUAUAUGGUUAGACUUAUUUAAAUUUUUUAUUUAAUUUGUGCAUAGCUUCGGACUCUGUUUUAAAAUGGGUUUGUGUCAUACUCAUUGAAUAUUGUUAUAUCCUACACUACUUAACACUACCCCCUCCUAAUUGUUUAUAGAAAUUUGCGUAAUUAUGCCAAAAUUUCUAUCUGUAUUACACGAAAAUGUCAGUCUGCAGGUAACUCUCUGCAUUAUACGAAAAUUUCAGUCUGCAGAUAACACUCAGCAUUAUAUGCAAAGCUGUGUGCAUAAUGCCAGGCCUAUACCUAUAGGUCAGCGGUUCUCAACCUGUGGGUCACGACUCUUUCACAGGGGUUGCGUAAGACCUUCGGAAAACACAUUUACUCUACAGUUACGAAGUAUCAACGAAAAUAAUUUAUGGUUGGGGGUCGCCACAACAGGAGGAACUGUAUGAAAGGGUCGUGGCAUUAGAAAGGUUGAGAACCACUGCUAUAAGGUUGUGUAGUCAGUGGUGGCCCACACUGGCUACAGUACAGUAAGUACAGCCUAUCCAGUUUGCAAUAACUUAAAAGUUUUAUUGAAUCAAGUUAUGACAUUCGAGUCUUUGGCAAAUUAAAUAUGCCUAAAGGUUUAUAAGGCAAAACUUAUGUUGAAGUUGGCUGUAAGUGUGUGGAGUGGGGUGGACUAGAUUUUUUCCUUUUAAAUGCAAUAACACUAGCUAGAUCAGUCUUAAAAACCUUAACUCAUACCCAUAAUAUAUUUACACUCUAAAUCAGGCCAUUUAUAAUUUUUUUUUUUUUUAAAUGAAUUAUGUCUGAGAAGUGAGAGUUUGUGUUUAUUAAUAAAUAUUUUGAAAAUUAUUGUAGGAUUUGUAAGACAAAGUUAGGUAUCAAAUGAAAGAUAAUUGUACUAUACUAUAUGCUAUAAACUACCACAAAUGACAUCAAAAUAGCAUUUAGUCAAAAUGGAACCGGAAACCCAUCGCAGCUAUUCGGCCCUGGGUCCCUUUGACUAUUCGGGUGUCAUUUGUGGUAGUUUAUUUUAGUUAAACUGAAGAAUUAAGUUUACAAGCAUAUAGUCCAUUCAAUUAUCUCUCAUAUGAAACCAAAUUUUGUGUUGUCUUAUAACCUAAGAUAAUAUUUUAAUCCCAACCUCUAAACUCUAACUUCUCGGACCCGGGUCCGAAUAGCCACUUCGUUCAAACAUUCUCAUUAAAUAUUACUUGCUUAAGCAGUUCCGAUAGAUUGAUUUAAAAAGCAAAUUUUUAGAUGAAUUGCUAAUACUAUUUUUUAUUUUACACAGUUGUAUCGUUUCCUUGCAAGACGUACCAACUCCACUUUCAACAAGGUUGUACUGAGGAGACUUUUUAUGAGCAGGACAAACAGGCCUCCAUUAUCUGUUUCCAAACUUGUAAGCUCACCCCGUAUUAAUUUAAAGUCUUUAUUGACUCUUAGAUUAGUAAAUUGAUGCAUCUUUCAAUGUGUGAUAUAAUGUAUUUUUCAGCUUGGUUAAUUUGUAAAAUACAUUUCCAACUAGCAAACUAGGUUUUUAUGUUUGAUAAAGCUUAUUUAGCCGAAAUAUUUGAAGAAGGAGGCUUAGUAUAUGCAUUUAAAAAAUGCUCCAAUACAAAGGUAAAGGGAAGAAACAGACUUGUUGUCCCUAUGCUUUCAUUGUAAAAUUGUAGUAGCUGUUUUUAAGACAGCUCCACUACGACGCGCAUUUUAAAAAAGCUACGGUUUCUGUAGUUUUUUAAGUUUGUUUGGUUAAUUUUUAAUUAAAAUAUAAAUAAUUGGAUUGUUUGCAGUAAAAAGUUUAAUUUUUUAAACCAUAAGCAAUCGAAUAAAAAUAACAGUGAUUGGCCUUUGUGGUCUCGAUCUCAAAACAACCAACCUAAUUUUUCUUUUAGAGGUGUUUUCUACUUGUACCCUUAGCUAAAAACAUGUUAUAGAAUCCCACAGAGAUUAAACACAUUGCUGAACCUUUUCAGGACUUAAAAUCGUAAAAUCUUUUUAUGUCAAGUGAUGAAAAGUGUGUUCCAAUGUCAGGAAAUUUACUAAAUAUAUAUGGUUAAGUUUAUUAUGUUUUGCGUUUUAAUAUUUUUUCUCAAAUUUUAAAAAUUCAUACUUGUUUUCAUUUUAAUAUUACUAAAAAAAAUAACUGUUGUGUUGCAAUAGUCAUGAAUUUUAGUUCAGGCAUGCCGAUCGGUCAAUCAAGUCUGUGUGGUCAAUGCAUUUUGGGCUUGCCAAAGACCUUUUCUCAUCCUUUAGAAACGUAUUAGAGAGCCAUAUCCUGUAUAUUAAUUUGUGUUAACCUGCAUAAGCAAUUAAGCAGAUUUCCUGGCACAACUUGUAUGGUGGCAAACAUAAGCACACCCCCAAACCACUCUUUAAAGCUAGAAAUUAAGUUACUCUGGGAUGGAAACUACUCUGAAACCAACCCAGGUUAAACAGGUCUGCAGAAAAGAUGUCAGACCAACAUUUAACACGUCCAUGGAUAGUCCAUUAUUAUGUACUGGAAUAAAAUUUACCACUGACAAUACUUUUUAUGUGGAAAACAAGUAAUUGACAAGUCAAGUAUCAUACGAAUUUUGGACUUGUAAAUCACUAGCUAUAUUAUUUGAAGUUUUUAGUAUAAUUUCCUGGAGAUAAAACUUUUAAAAUUUUAUUUGUUCUAAUGGAUCAUCAUAAUUCCCAUAAUUUAUCUUUUCCAGGCUCGUAUGAUGAAAAAGCAGGGCCGUGAAGAUAAGAUUGCUGUGGUUGUAGGUGCCAUCACUGAUGAUAUUCGCAUUCACGCAUUACCAAAGCUCAAGGUAUUAACAUAAUUGGGAUUGUGUGCUUGUCUCGGUUAACAGUAUUGCAUAUGGGGAGAUGUUUAUAUUACAUUUUAAAACUUCAUUCUUCAACAGAUUUGUGCUCUUCGCAUAACUGAGCGUGCAAGAGGACGCAUCCUGAAAGCAGGUGGUGAAAUCCUGACAUUUGAUCAGCUGGCUCUUCGCUCCCCAAAGGGUCAAAAUACUGUUCUUGUCCAAGGUAGAAAAACUUCAUUUUAUGAAAUGUUUAAUUGGUUAUAGUUUAUAUGCUCUUUUUGUAAAACUUUUUUGUGCACAGGAAACUAAUUUUUCUGUCUGUUGAAUUUAGGGCCUCGCAAAUCUCGCAAGGCAUACAGACACUUUGGAUUGGCUCCUGGUGUGCCACACAGCCAUACUGCGUAAGUACCAUUUUAGUUUCCUACCUUUGAUAAAUUUUCUAGUCCUUUGAAUUAGGUCUAUAUUUAUCUUAACUGGCAUGUCUUUUUAAAACAUCCACUCUACCUUGAAAAUGAAUUAUACCUAUAUGUUCACAGGAGGCUGAUUGCCUUGAUAUUACAUAUAAAAAAGAAAGAUGAGAUUUUUAAAUUCUUUUAUGCACUGGUUAUUACAUGUUAACAGUUGUUUCGAACAGAGUUAAUACUUAGCGUGUCCCUAUUUUUAAAAAAAUUCUCAGCGGUUAUUUUAAUUGACUUCGGACUAACCCAGUGGUCAGUGAGACCCAUGCAGCUCUUUAGCCUGAGUGUGGCUCGGCCAGCCAGCCAUAUAUCAGUUUUGACUCUGUUUUCAGCUCUUUGACUGAGUUUGCCUAACACUGGCCUAACCUAAAACUUGCCCUCCUGUCUAAGCAAAGGGGCAUAAGAAUGUGUAAUUAAAAUAGAAUUUAAAACAUCAUUAAUAUUUACUUUUUUUUUUUUAUUAAAUAUAAAAAAAGAAUGAAAUGUCACAAUCAUUAUAAAAUACUUUCUGUGAAUUUUUUAUAAUGGGGAAUGGUCACCCUACAGAUGCGUAAUUACCUUGUGCAAUCAUUUUAAUUAAUUAUAACAUAUCUGAUUAUUUCAUCUUGUGAAUGAGCUUGGAAAGCUAUGAUGAACUUUAAUCUCUCUCCUGUUAAAAGAGGAUGAAAAAAAAAGAAAAAUUUAAAAAAAAAAAAAAAAAGCUUCAAUAGCGAGUGCAGAAGUUCAUUUUAGUAGAAGAAUGGCCAUCCAUGCCACAUACCGAUAUUGUAGGCAGGCGCUGGUGGGAAUUAGAAAUGCAAGAGUGGGUGCUUAUGGCAGAGGGUAAAGUUAAGGAUGAUCCAUAUUUCAAUUUUUAGUGAAGAUACAGGUAAAUAAUGUAAAAAAUAUUUGCCAUUCGAACCCAUGUCAUUGCAAGUUUAUUGUUGCAUAUAUUGGCUUUAAAACUUUUAAAAAAAAAUCUUUUCAGACCCAUUGUCCGCUCUAAAGGCCGCAAGUUUGAACGUGCUCGUGGUCGCAGAAAGAGCAGAGGUUACAAGGCAUAAAAUUAGACACAGGUCUGCCAUUGUAUGGUGGUGUUUUAAGCUGUUUAAUUAAUAAACUUAUGGAAUCAAGUUAUUUCUGUUCUUUGUUAUUCUUUAUAUUAUAUAUACUUUUCCAAAAAUUAAUUUUUUCAAUUUGGUUCAUAAUAGUUUUAUUAAUUUUAUUGGGUGUUUCAUAAAAAGUGACAGCAAGCCUAAACAGUACCGGUACUAAUUGUGUAGAAUCGGUAAAACAACAAAUUGUAAGGCACAAAUUUAUAUAUAUGAAAUACAAUAUAAUAUUUUCAUUACAUAAGUCUUUAGCCAUUAAAAUUGU